AUGGACGCCUCCGGAUCCCCCCGCGGGGCGUCGGACGACCUCGACCGCAGCGACCCCGAUCUGGCCGACCACAGCGCGGCACGCAAGUCUUUACACGCUGCAGGUCUCCCGGACGAUCUCCCCAAGUCUUUGGACGACCGUCGUUCAGUCCCUCUCAUCCAACCCGAAACCGAGAUGUAUGAUGCCUGGCAAGAAGCCCCGCGUGAGAUCGAGUAUAACGAGAAGUGUAACAGGUGGCUGAUCCGUGUCCGCUCCGCAGGCCAAUCCCAAUUUCUCACCACGCCCGUGGCCGCAAAACCAUUGAGCUUCAGUCUAGCCCUCGACGACCAUAUCCAUGACGAAGAACAUAAUCUACAAGCCCAGUAUGGGCGCGGACUGGCCGCAUCGACUGACGACGAUAACGAAUCCACAACCACUGCUCGACUGGAGGACAGUGAUGCCCGGUUGAUGGAAAUGCUUGCUGCGCAGGCGGCUCACCGGGAGGUCGAGUCGCUGGGUGCGGACGAGGAAUCCAUCGCAACAGACGAGAAGCUAUCGGACGCAGAGAAGAAAGAUAUCUUACAGCGCAGCUUGAACAUGGCGGCUAGUAAUGGCGACGUGGAACGUGUUCGGAGAUUAGUGCAAGGUCAUGCAGCUGAAUUUGUGGAUGUGAAUAAUCCGGAUGAAGAGGGGACGGUGCCGUUGAUCUAUGCUAGUUGCUUCGGACACCAGGAUGUUGUCUCAGCGCUUCUCGACGCGGGCGCCCAUAUCGAUCAGCAGGACCGGAAUCAGUGGAGUGCCUUGAUGUGGGCCAUGACGAACAGACACAAGACAAUCGCGAAGAUCCUUCUCGACCAUGGCGCGUCUCCAGAUAUCAAAUCCUCGUCGGGCGGGACGGCGUUCGACUUUGCACAACCUGGUAGCGAGAUUUCAGAGUAUCUCCAUGAAAAUGGUUAUCACUUUGGGCCGAGUGCGAUUGAAGACGACUUCUACGAUUCCGGGUUUAGGCACGGUCGCUUUGAGGAAGAGAUUGCUGAGAAUGAAAUGAAGCGGCGCAUGAUGAUGGAGGAGAGCGCCAUCAAUCUUGAGGUGGACCUAUCGAGCCUGGGGCUCGACGAGAAGUUUGACUCGUUGGAUGAAGAGGAACUCGAAGAAGAACAGCAAGAAUUCGUGUGGGAUCGGUGUCUGAACGAUCAGAUGUUCGUCUUCCAGGAGAGCGAGCUAGAGCGGAUCCUCAACAUCAUCAUCACCAACAUGACACCGCAACGGUCACCCUCGCAGAAGCCCGUUCCCGCGAACCUCCUCUUUCUCAGUGCUCGAUAUGCGCACUAUCAUGCGAGUCCCGAAUUGCUUGCCAAGCUGCUCGUUUCGGCGACCGAGAAGAUCAACGAUGUCGUUGAGCGCCAUCAGUGGGACAUGACGAUCCUAGCUUUCUGGAUGUCAAAUGCGACGUUGUUGCUACAUUACUUGAAAAAGGAUGGCGGGCUGGUGGAAGCCACGGUGGAAUUCCAGCUACACCUGGCCGAAUUGAUCAAUGAAAUCUUCAUUCUCAUCAUCCGCGACGCCGAGCGUCGCAUGAACAAAGUGCUCGACGCCGCCAUGCUGGACCAUGAGACUAUUCCGGGCCUGGAGGACGUACACUUCCAAAACGAAUGGAAGCUCUUCCGCUCCAAAUCCAAGAAAGCGCCCGAACCGGCAGAGAAGCGCUUCCGACCCCCAUCACCCAGGCGGCGCGCACAGGUCUCUCCGCGCAAUAUCACCUCUCUUCUCUCCUCUACGCUCUUUGUCCUCGAUCUCUACGAUGUACACUCCGUCAUCACCACGCAGAUUAUCUCCCAGCUCCUGUACUGGCUUGGAGCUGAAACCUUUAACCGCAUCAUGUCGACCAAGCGCUACCUGGCCCGGACCAAGGCGAUGCAGAUUCGCAUGAAUGUGUCGACCCUAGAGGACUGGGCGCGAAACAACAACCGCCAACCGGAGCAUUAUGAGAACGGAUCGACUAGUAGCACGGGCGAGAGCACAAUGGAGUCUGCGCGCCGGCAUUUGGCGCCAGUGAUCCAGCUCCUACAGUGGCUCCAGUGUUUCUCGUCGCUUGGGGACGAUUUUGAGUCACUUGUUACGACUCUGCUCCAGUUGCAGCAACUUACCCCGGCGCAACUCUUGCACGCAGUCAAGUCGUAUCGGCCCGAGGUCGGCGAGAAGGGGCUGACCAAGCCGGCCAUGAAAUUCUUGAUUGAGCUGCAGCGUGAUCCGGGGCUGCUGUUCCGAGAACAAGCGAAACUCCAGGCACCCAAGCCAACUACCACAGCACCCGAGGCAGGAUCUACCGAUGGACGCCCUCAGACCCCUCCAGCCUCGACAGCUUCGGAGGCGGCCGGAUCACCCUCCACACGAGCUUCGGUGGCAUCGCCUGGCUCCAGCGUAGCGUCUCCGCACCCGGGUCCGUCGGCGUGGAUGGAUGAGCGCAGUAACAAUGUAUUCCUGGACCCGUCCCUCACGCUUCCCUUCUCGCUGCCCACGAGCACAGAUAUGCUGAUUAGUUACGGGGCGGGCUGGGGCGGCACGAACCGAGAACGCGCGCGCAAGUAUAUACCGACGCGAGCAUGUUUGGAAGCUGGACCUGAAAGAUUUCCGCCCACCGGUCCUGGCUGGUUGGUAAACCCCGCCCAGCCCACAAGCGAAGAAGAUAACGAUGAGCAGAAAUGUUUCCCCAACGGGGGCUCGGGAGAUGAAACGCCAGAGGGCGGGCAAAUGAUAUCUAAUCAUCUAUCUGACCAGUUGUCAGCCCCAAAAGGGCCGUGCCAUGCCAUAUCCAUCCAUCCAUGCCUUUUGGGCAAGCUCUCCGCUCCACUUUUAUCCCUUCUGUUGACGACUACUUUCUCGACUGGGGUGGAUGACGAACUAGGCCCGCGAAAUCGAAAUGGGAAAUGGAUCCAAAAGCAUGACGAGUCGCGCACUCCCGUUCGUCGUCAUCACCCAACGCCCCCGAUUCCUGUCUACGCAAGUGAAUCUCCACUUGGGAGGGAUGAGAUCGCGGUAGAUAUAUAA